UUGUCAGUCGGCUGAGCAUCAGUAUGGACGGGACCUACGUCAGGCACGUGGAGCUGCUGGGCUUCGAGAAACGUUCGUUCCCGAGUCAGCACUACGUGUACAUGCUGAUGGUGAAAUGGAGUGACCUCUCUGAGAAGCUGAUCUACAGGACGUAUCCUGAGAUCUACACCUUCCACAAAUCUCUGAAGGAGAUGUUUCCCAUCGAGGCCGGUCAGAUAGAGAAGAAGGACAGAAUCAUCCCGUCACUACCAGCGCCGCGAUGGCUGUACAGCCAGAAGUCCCCAGAAACCAGGCAGAUCACCUUGGCCGAAUACUUCCACUCAUUGAUCAAUCUGCCGCCUCACAUCUCCCGCUGCAAACACCUCUGCAGCUUCCUCAAGGUUCGACCCGAGGACGAAAACCCACCGGCCCCAAACACACUGAAAAGAAACGAGACGUUCGUGGUGUCCAGAGAGUUGGCCAGAGGCAACGCAUCUGAGAUUUCCGGCCCCAUCAUACUGGACACCUACAGAGUGGUCGCAGACUUUGCCAAGACGUCCAAACAUGAGAUCGAUCUGCACACUGGAGACCUGGUGGAAAUCGUUGAGAAAAACCAGAACGGUUGGUGGUUCUGUCAGUGUGAGUCUAAACGAGGCUGGGUUCCUGCGUCCUACCUGGAGCCUCUGGAUGGACCCGAGGAGGCCGAGGACGCUGAGCCAAACUAUGAAGGAGAGCUGCACGUCACCAUCAAAGCCUACAAGGCGGAGCAGGAGGACGAGAUCUCUUUGCAGCUCGGUGAAACCGUGUCGGUCAUUCACAGGCUGCUGGACGGCUGGUGGGUCGUCAGGAAAGGAGACGAGACCGGUUAUUUCCCCUCCAUGUUCCUGCAGAAGGCCGGCAAGAGAGAGAGAUAUGAGGCAGAGAAGGUGAACCUGCAGGGACAGAGACCUCCACCUCGCAGGUCCACCAUCCGAAACGCCAAGAGCAUCCACAACAAGGCUCGCAAUCGGCUCAGCCAGGACACCUACCGCAGGAACAGCCGCCGAUACCUCCAGCAGAAGGGCAGCCGCCUCGCAGAGCCCAAAGGGAACUCCAAGAAUGCCACAAAGUCACCGCUGACAGAGAGGAAGAACCAGGGCAACAUUCCCGAGACGUCUGGCUCCAGUUCGGAGGGCGAGCUGAAGAAGGAGGCUCCGGUCAUCCCCCCCCGGCCCAGUGCGGAGCUCAUCAUGGAGCGCUGCAGCGACAACACCCGCAAGAAAGUCAGCAUCCACAAGUCACACCCUGCCUCCGCCAGCUAGGGACUUAUCACAUGUUGUAAAAGUCUCAAUGAAAGUGCUGUUUUCUUCUUUAACUAGGCUCAAAAUGGCGGCAUCUGCUUGUUCAGCUCCACCUCACUGUUAGCUGCUGUGUUCAUGUGAGAAAAACAAGCUGCGAUAAAGCUAGCAGAAAGUGAACGUACUCGGUCACAAUGUUAUACGUUUUUAUAGUGAGAAAAUUAAUAUGUUUCUGUUUGUGGCUUCUGUGUAGAAGCUUUUAGAUCUAUUUCCAAGCAUCUGUAGAACUUUGGUUUUAUUUAUUUGCUUAAUAAAUGUAUAAAAUAAUUAAAGAAAA